AUGUUGGCCAAAUAAAUAUUCUUAGCAAAGGCAUAAAGUAAACCAUAAUAGACAGGAAAGAUUGAAUUUCCCACUCUUUUGGAUUUAGCAAUAGAGUAAGUGGCAUUAAAUUUUGAUCUUUAUUCAUAAUUGCCUGGGAUUCCAGAAAAAAUAAAGCAUUAAGUAUUCCAACUAAAUAAUAAUUAGAUUAUAUCUAAAGCACCUAAAACUUUACCUGUAACAAUCACUUACAAUAGUAUAGAAGAUGAGAAUUAUUGGAAAUAGGCAUGUGAAACUAAAUGGAAAGGUACUCAUAGAACAAUAAAUAUAUGCAAACAUAGUUACAGUUAUAAAAUUGCUUAUAUGGAAAAUUUCUUAGAAGAAUAUAUCAAAUCUAUAAAAGUAAUAGUUGAAUUGAAAAAUAGAGCUUAGAAACCUAAUAAGAAAAGGAUGAAUUAUAAGCAAUAUUAAAGGCAGUGAAUAAUUGGGUUUUUUCCCUCAAUAUUUCUUAAACCUAAUGCAAUAUUGACAUAGGAUUUUUAUGUUAAUAUUUGCCUUGUUUGUAAAAUUUGACAGUUAUAUAUGGAGUUAAAGUUCAUAUUAUUAAAUAUUCAAUUUUAGACAACUGGAAUUGAUUAAACAAGAAAAGAGAUCUUAGGAAUGAAACUUAGUCAAGCAGCAGAAUUAGGAGAAGCAAUCUCUAAACAUUGUAGAAAUCUUGUAUCUAUUUUAUCAUUUAUAUUAGUAAUCCUUAUCUUUACCUUCUAAUUUAAUUGAUGAUGAUUUAUUGAGAUUAUUAAUGACAGGUAUAAAUCUUGAUAUUUCUAUUAUUGAAUUAAACCUUUCUCAUAAUAAAAUCGGAGAUUAAGGGUAUAUAAUUCUAUAUUAUUAUAUCUAAGGGUUAUAAGAAUUGCUAAGUAUUUAAUGAGAUCAGAAAUCCUUCUCAAAUUAGACUUAUCUAAUAAUGCUAUUGGAUUAGUUGGAUCUAAAAAUUUAGCAUAUGCUCUUCUGUUCAAUAAAUCUCUUGAACAUUUAAAUUUAUCAUUAAAUUCUUUUAAUGAUAUUGCUGGAGCCAAUUUCUUCAGUAAACUUAGUUAAAAUAAGAGCAUUCAGCAUCUAAACUUAUCUGCAAAUUAAUUAGGCAGUUUAACCGCUGAAAUGUUAGAAGUAUAUUUAUCAGAUUCAUCUUGCACUUUAUAAUCCUUAAAUAUUAGCAAUAAUAACUUUAGUGAAAAUAAUGACAAUAAAGAUAAAAAUAUAUUUGAAAAACUCAAAACUGGUUUAACAAAAAAUACUAGUUUAAAUCAUUUUGAUAUUUCUCAUUCUAAAUUUAAAAGAAGUAAUAUUUUUACUUUUAUUAAGUUAAUGCUGAAAAGGAAUUAUAGGAUAUAAUUGUUCAAAGUAGAUUAAAAUAGAAAAAAAUCCCAUUCAUUUCAAAAGAAGAAUUCGAAUAGUAAUAAGCUCAGAAUAAAUUAAGUAUUUAAAUCUAAUAUUUUAGAAAAAGAAAAGCUAGAAAAAACAAAAACUAAAUAAGUAGAAGAAGUUAUCUCCCCCUAAUGAUAUAAAUGCAU